CCACGUAUAUCCCACUAUUUGUGCACGUAUAUUAUCCAUUUUCCAGUGAUCUGGUUGGCCAGGCCCUCACUCAGCAGCGUACGGGCUACGCCUCUGGAUGCAACUUUCAAAAGGGCGCGCAACUCGAUCCAAACGCGCUGAUCUCUCUCUCUCUAUCUUCUCUAAUUUUGGGGGGGUCCUUCAUUAAUGGCCACCGUAGAAUUCGACGAAGACGAGUGGGAACCCUUCAACGACGACGGCUUCAUCUGCAAGCGCAAGAAACGCCCCCGCCUGGACCCCACCACCACCACCACCUCCGCCGCCCCUCCACCACCAGAUCCGGCAGCAGAGAGAAGAAACCGGAGGGAAAGGAAGAAAAGAGCCCUAAUUAAGCUGAGGGAAAAGUACCAGAAAGAGAUUGAUCAGUGGGUGCAUCUGUCAAACGCCUUGAAGGCAUUGCAAGAGAAAGCCCUAACGACCCAACAACGAGAAGAAUGGAACGAAGAGGAAACGACUUCGCCCUGUGAUUUGGGUGUGGAUGUGCCUCAACCGUCGGGGAGACAGCUCGACGAGCUGAUAGUUCGGGUAGAAGCAGAGGAAGAAAUUAUCCAAGAUGUUUCUAAUCUCUGUGAUAUGGCUGAAGCCAUUUGCAAUAUGCAAGAGGAGUUCAUGAAGCAGUCAUUGGUUGAUCUUCCAGUUUGGGGGUCGCCGCGUGAGCUCAUGGCGUCUCUUUGUGAUGAGUGAAUUGGAACUCAGCAGCCGAAGCUAGGUUUUGAUCCUGAAUUUGUAGAAGGGUUAACUGGAGAAAGAACUGAUCUCAGCCCGAGUGCUUGAGAAAACCAUUUUCACAUCAAGCUUUCUCUUUCUACCACUAACUCCAAACUGUAUCUGCAUUGUGUCAUUGCACAAAGAAGACUUUUGAUGUAAUUUAUGUUGUUAAUGUAGGUUUUUUUUUACGAAGACUGUAUUGUUAAUCUUAAAGGAGUUGUACAUGAUUGCGCAGGAUUUUUCUAGCUGAACUAACCAUCUUAUGAGAGUUUUCUUCUUCUUCUUCAAA